ACUAGUAGAGAUUAAUAUACACGUGACCUUUGUUUUUCCUGCAUAAUCAACGAACAGGAUUGAUUUAGUCGAGUAGACUGGUCAGACCUUGCUUGUUGACCUAAGCUCAUCUGCAGUCUGCAGAUCUUCGAACGGCGAAGCCACCACCGUGAGACGAGUUGCGAUUUUUCUGCGGAGCGUAACCCCGUUAUAUCGUGUCAGAGCUCUUCCAGAGCCACAAGACGCUCCUUAGCACCUUCAUCACUACCCCUUACUCGCUUUCCAACGGGAUACCAGAUUCCCCGCCUAUUUCUUGCAGCAAUUGAAACAUGUCGAAUCUUCCUCCCCGACCCCCGACUCUCCCUUCUUAUUCAUAUCAACCCAAGCCUCGACAGACAGCAAUCCUCUUCCUGCUAUGCGCUCUCGAGCCGGUUCGGUAAACACAGUUUCUUCUCUUCGAACAGGGACUCAGGCUGGAUCAAUCCGCCGUUUUGGUGACGCAUCUCCUCCGGAGAUGCCAUCGAAGACCCCAUCCCACUCUCGUUCACGCAGUGGGGCGACAGCGAGUCACGCUGGUGGUAUACAGCCUCCGGCCGCUUUCUUUCGUACCGCCCCCUCCACCCCUUCGAAGUCCAGUCCUCACAGAAAUAUGCCUUUCAGACCAACGAAACACUCGCGCACCCCUACAAGAUCUGCUAUACCGGUGCCACGUCGAGGCGCGACUCAUGAUUCUCGACAUGGGACUGAUGCAUCUGAUCUUGAGUUCACAUCCCGAUCAUCUGGGGAGCACGACCGUGCUCCAUUCGUACCGAUAGGUCUCUUAAGUGCUACUCACUCAGAUUCCCCAGCUACAGCAGAGCAAACUACAGCUCAUGUGUUUAAUGAUUCAAGUUUUAGCACGAGUCAGGCAGCAGAUGCAUCUUUUGGCACUACCGGGCCUGGGCCUCUUUCAUAUCGUUCGAAACCCAGUAGGGAUCCCCUUCUGCCGACACUGAAUGAUCAGCCUGUCCCUGUGCGUGGAACCAAGCCCCGAGGCAGUAUCGAUCAGGUUUUCCAACGGCAAAGCCUGGAGACAAAUCGUUCCAGUUUCGAUGUUGAAAAGGGUGCGGGUUCGCCGAUACCUAUGACGGAGCUUGUUAAGGAAGGCCCGUCAAACCGUAGCGAUGGUCCCAUCCCAGUUGUUCCGCACUCACCCGCUGGGACAAGUGGCCCCGACACGCAUCGAAGAAGCUACGUUGGACCCAGACGAGCCAUGUCCCCCAACAGUCCGCCCCAUGCCGCGAGUGGUUUCAGCCAUUCAUCAAUUUCGCGACCUGCGCACAUGUCUCAGCCAUCAUCCCGCCAUCUCUUUUAUCCUCGUUCAAUUACUCCCCAUGGCCACCCUCCGGAAGCCAAGAUGCCUACACGUCCUGUGCUUGAUUCCAAAACUGGCCGUCCAGUCCGGAAUUAUUCACGUCAUCCAGGAGCCAACGUUUUCUGUUUCAAUGGCCGGAUGCUGACAGGAGGAGAUUCUCCGCUUCCAUUCAUCGGCACACUUAUCUUUGUAUUUGGAUUGGCAGGGGUGUGGUUUGGAUGUGUGGCGCCUUGGUGGUGGCACCAUGUCAGCCCUGCAGUGCCGGUUAUAGCAGGCUACCUGACUCUGGUUUCGAUAUCGAGUCUAGUGAUAACGGCAACGAAAGAUCCUGGUAUCUUGCCUCGUAACCUAGAUCCUGAUCCACCAUAUACAACGUCUUCCCAAGUCAGUGAAAACACUCCUGCUGUUCCGAUGCCUCGGGAUAUCCAAGUAAGGGCGGGUAUUGCUCGGGUCAAGUGGUGUCAGACUUGCAGGAUGUAUCGUCCCCCUCGGUCAAGUCAUUGCAAGAUGUGCGACAAUUGUGUAGAUGGUUGCGACCAUCAUUGCCAAUGGGUCAACAAUUGCGUGGGAAGACGCAACUACACCCAUUUCUUCACUCUUAUCAUCGCGAUGUCCGUUACCGAUAUUUACAUUGUUGUGACCUCUGCGCUGCAACUGUAUUUCCUCAGCAAAUGGGAUCACCUUAGGUUCCGACGGUGUUAUCGCACGCACCCGGAACUGCCGUAGCCUUCUCGAUGUCAGUUGUUGCAGCCUGGCCUGUACUUGCCCUGUUGUUUUAUCACGUUCGACUCGUUUUCCUUAACAUCACUACCAUUGAGCAAGUGCGAAGCAAAGCGCAUGCUUUCGUCACGCCAGGCGAGGCCCCACGAAAUCCCUUCACCCUCGGGAGUUGGAGAAGGAACGUGGCAUGGGUCUUCUGCCAUCCCUCCGGAUUCUCAUGGAUCGAGCCGUCAGCAUAUGCCGAGGAAGACUCAAGAGUUGUCAAUCCUGGGUCUUUGCCUGGAUGGAGAUACCCUGAGAAGGAAAUCGAUGAGACGAACGAAACGGAGGAAAGCAAUAUUGUGGAUGGGAGAGGCCCAAGGGUGGAUACCUAUGUCUAACCCAGACGCUGUUGAUGAAGAUGGACGAGGGGUUUGCUCUUCACAGUACCUUUCUC